UCAUUGAGCCCCCGGGCAAUAGGGGAUCAUGGGGCCCCUGUCUCCUUGCCCAAACUCAAAAAAGCCUAUAAAAAAAGGUACCAGGGGCAUCUCAUGGGGCCCCCCACUGACCCCGGGCCCUCUCGGGCAGUGCCCGAGUUUCCAAAUGGUCAGUCCGACCCUGCUAGGCACUCAUUCACAGAACUCUGUGAAUGAGUGACGUGGCUCCAACGUAAUUGAAGCACAUUACAAGUACACGGCAUGCCAUAUGACCUAAUGUGACACCCAGCCUGGACUGCGCUGCAU